AUGGACGUACUCAAUCCAAAGACAUAUGAUGCUGAAGAAGAUAUGUUAAGUGAACGAACAAAUUAUAGUGCUAUGGAUAAACUUAUUUUACCAAUGGAAUUCCAACAAGCUCCAGUAUCAACUGGCACAACAAUUGUUGCCGUUGAAUUUGAUGGAGGAGUCGUUAUUGGUGCGGAUACACGUACUUCAGCUGGAUCAUUUGUCAUGAAUCGAUUUACAGAUAAAUUAACGCAGUUAACCGAUAGAAUAUAUUGUCUUCGAUCGGGUGGUGCUGCAGACACUCAAGCUAUUGCGGAAAUUGUUACUUAUCAACUGGACUUUCUUGCUGCUGAAAUGAAUGAACCACCACUUGUACGCAUUGCUGCUAAUUGUGUUCGUCGUUUAAUCUAUCAAUAUCGUGAUGACUUUGUAGCUGGCCUUAUUGUUGCUGGUUGGGAUAAAAAACUUGGUGGACAAGUUUAUUCAUGUCCACUUGGUGGCUUACUUUGUCGACAACCAAUUUCACUUGGUGGUUCAGGUAGUACAUAUAUUUGGGGUUAUCUCGAUAAUAAUUAUCGCCCAAAUAUGACCAAGCAAGAAUGCUACGAUUUCGUAUUAAAAGCUGUUACAUUGGCUAUAACACGUGAUGGUUCAAGUGGUGGUUGUGCUCGUUUAGCUAUUAUUGAUAAAGACGGUGUUGAACGUAUUGAUGUCCUUGGAAAUGAUUUACCAAAAGUCUACGAUCUUUAA